AUGGCUAACCCUAGAGUUUACUUUGACAUCAGUAUCGGUGGUUAAAACGCUGGCAGAAUCGAAUUCGAAUUAUUUUCUAAUGUCCCCAAGACUGCUGAAAACUUCAGAGCUUUAUGCACUGGUGAAAAGGGUUUCGGUUACAAGGGAUGUCCUUUCCAUAGAAUCAUUCCUUAAUUCAUGAUCUAAGGUGGUGAUUUCACUAAGCAAAACGGAACUGGUGGUAAAUCUAUCUACGGUGAAAAGUUUGCUGAUGAAAACUUCAUUUACAAGCACACUGAACCUGGUAUGUUAUCCAUGGCUAAUGCUGGUCCUAACACUAACGGUUCCUAAUUCUUCAUCACCACCGUUCCUUGCCCCUGGUUAGACGGUAAGCACGUUGUCUUUGGUAAGGUCACCAAGGGUUUAGAUAUCGUUAAAAAGUUAGAAGGCCAAGGUACUUCAACCGGAAAAACUAAAGUUGCAUGUGCUAUCUUAGAUUGCGGUCAACUCUGA